GAGGAAAAUGAACCAGAAGGAGCUUGCUGACACACUGGAGAAAUAUUCAGAUGAGCUUGCUGUGAUUUGCCAACGUGAACUCAAAUCUAAUCUCAAGAAGAAGUUUCAAUGUGUAUUUGAGGGGAUCGCUAAACAAGGAAACCCAACACUUCUCAAUAAGAUCUACACAGAGCUCUACAUCACAGAGGGUGGAACAGGAGAGGUCAAUAAUGAACAUGAGCUGAGACAGAUUGAGACAACAACCAGGAAACAAGCAAGACCAGAGACUCCAAUCAAAUGUAACGACAUCUUCAAACCCUUAACUGGACAAGACAAACUUAUCAGAACUGUGCUGACAAAGGGAGUCGCUGGCAUUGGAAAAACAGUCUCUGUGCAGAAGUUCAUUCUGGAUUGGGCUGAAGGAAAAGCAAAUCAGGAUGUCCAAUUUGUAUUUUCAUUCCCUUUUCGGGAGCUGAAUUUGAUGAAAGAGGACAAACACACUUUCAUUAAACUUCUCAAUCACUUCUCAAUGGAAACCAAACAAUCAGGAAUCUCCAACUACAACAAGUACAAAGUUCUGUUCAUCUUUGAUGGUCUAGAUGAGUGCCGACUGCCCCUAGACUUCCAGAAGAACAAGAUCUGUUGGGACGUCACAGAGUCAACCUCAGUGGAUGUUCUGCUGACAAAUCUCAUCAAGGGAAAUCUGCUUCCCUCUGCUCUCAUCUGGAUAACAACCCGACCUGCAGCAGACAAUAAGGUCCCUUCAGUGUGUGUUGACCAGGUGACAGAGGUACGAGGGUUCAAUGACCCACAGAAGGAGGAGUACUUCAGGAAGAGAUUCAGUGAUAAAGACCUGGCCAGCAGAAUAAUCUCACACAUAAAGACAUCAAGGAGCCUCCACAUCAUGUGCCACAUUCCAGUCUUCUGUUGGAUUUCUGCAAUAGUCCUUGAACACAUGCUGAAACAUAAGAGAAAAGAGAUGCCCAAGACUCUGACUGAGAUGUACACACACCUUGUGGUGUUUCAUACCAAACAGAAGAAUGAAAAGUAUCUUGGGAAAGAAGUGAGAGGUCCACACUGGAAUAAAGAGAGCAUUCUGUCACUGGGAAAACUGGCUUUUCAACAGCUUGUGAAUGGCAAUCUGAUUUUCUAUGAAGAAGACCUGAAAGUGGCUGACAUUGAUAUCAAUGAAGCCUCAGUGUACUCAGGAUUGUGCACACAACUCUUUAAAGAGGAAUGUGGGCUGUACCAGGACAAGGUGUACUGCUUUGUUCAUCUGAGCAUUCAGGAGUUUCUGGCUGCUGUAUAUGUGUUCCUCUCAUUCAUCAACAACAAUGAGAAUCUAAUAGACAAACUUCAAACAAAAGACAAGACUGAAGUUACUUUCUAUAAGAGUGCUGUGGAUAAAGCCUUACAAAGUGAGACAGGAAACCUGGACCUUUUCCUCCGCUUCCUUCUGGGCCUCUCACUGGAGUCCAAUCAGAAGUACUUACGAGGUCUACUGACAAAGACAAGAAUCAACUCACAGAGCCAUGAAGAAACAGUCAAGUACAUCAAGGAGAAGAUCAGGGAGAAUCCCUCUCCAGAGAGGUGCAUCAAUCUGUUCCACUGUCUGAAUGAACUGAAUGACCAUUCUCUCGUGGAGGAGAUCCAAAACUUCCUGAGAUCAGGAAGUGUCUCCAGUGAAGAACUGUCCCCUGCACAGUGGUCAGCUCUGGUCUUUGUGUUGCUGACUUCAGAAAAGGAGCUGGAUGUGUUUGACCUGAAGAAAUAUUCCAGAUCAGAGGAAGGUCUUCUGAGGCUGCUGCCAGUGGUCAAAGCCUCCAGAGCUGUUCUGUGAGUACAUCAAAUUACCUAUAAGAACUAAUCAUCAGGAAGAAAUGCAUUGAUUUUCACAUUAGUAUAACAUGACCAUACAAUGCGGAAGAUGAAUCUAUAUGUUGUUUGAGGAAAUAAACCAAAUGCAUCUGCCAUUGUCCUUCAACACUACUCGUUAAAUGAACAGUGUUUGUGAAAUCAUGAUGAUCUGUUUGUCAGCCUGUCAGGCUGUGGAGUCACAGAGGAAGGCUGUGCUUCUCUGGUCUCAGCUCUGACGUCAAACCCCUCACACCUAAG